AUGUCUUUAGAUAUUCAAGUAUCUAGGAAUCUCAGAGAAGGUGGAAUAGUUACAAGAUCUACCAAAAACAAUGGAUUGUGGUGUUACAUGCUUCUUCCCAUGAUCCUCAUAAUGUACACAAUUUUAUAUAAAAUGUCAGUGCAAUACCACAUAAUAAGCUUUGUGUCUGUUGGCUUAUUUUUCUACUGUAUGCUGUUAAUAUUAUUUCUAUCAAUAUCAAGUGUAAUUCUGAAGGAAUUUGAUUUUGGAGGAUGUAUGGCAUCAAGUUUGAUUUCAACAUUACUUAUUUAUAUUUUCUUAGGAAAAGAUCUUUUAACUUCACUUGUUUCUGCCUUAUCAUGCAUUUAUUUUUUUAAUGCACUGCUUAAAAUUUGUGUCAUAAAUUUACCAAAGACAUUUACAAUUGGAGAAGCUAUGGUGAUAUCUCAAAGUAUAAUACUAUUUGUAACUGCCUCUAUUAUUGAAUUUCUUAAUGGAUUUGUGAAUGGCAUUGAUGAGGAAUCCACAUUUAUCAACACUUUAGUCUUUACUGUGUUAUCAACAAUGGGAUUGAUUGUUACAGCAUUGUUCCUUUUAAAUGAUAAUUACAAGAAUGUGAAAUCUUUGGGAUACAUAAUUACAAUUGGAGCGGUAAUUAUGUUGCUUGAAUGGCAUUUAAUUAUGGGACGAAAAUGUAUUAUCAGAAUUAUUGCAUAUAUUUUUAUGGAUUUUAAAAGAGUUAAAUUGCUGAUCAUUUGGCUCUCAAUGGUUAUCAUUGCUGUAUUUGUAAUAUUUAUACAAACAAAGAUGGCGACAAAGGCAAGCACAGUGACACGAAAGACAUUCCAUGUUUUGGCUUGUUUAGUUUUUCUCAGUGGAAUCCUGACAGAUAUUUCUCUGAUGACCUUAGCCGCAGGCAUUGGGCUUGCACUUUUGAUAUUUACUGAGGCCCUGAGGAUAUGUGGAAUCGAACCGAUUUCGUCAGCGCUUCAUUCGGCUUUCCUUGUUUAUAGUGAUGAAAAGGAUAGCGGCGUGCUUGCAAUGACACCGUUAUACCUGUUCACCGGGCUGGCUUGUCCACUGAUACUGGCACCCUCUGAGGCCAAGCUGGAUCUGCUGGCCGGCGUUUUGGCGAUUGGCGUUGGCGAUACAGCUGCUAGCUGCAUUGGUUCUACUUUCGGAAAGACGCACUGGGCUGAUAGCAAUAGGACUUUGGAAGGCACAGCGGCUAAUAUCUUAUCGCAAGUGGCUGUGAUAUGUAUGCUGCAAUAUUUUGAGUUAUUGGAAACAAAGAAUGCAGUGAUACGAACACUGAUAGCAGCGACUGCGUCGGCGUUAGUGGAAGCGAAAACUGACCAAGUUGAUAACUUGAUUCUUCCUCUUGUAACUAUAAUAGCUUUUCAAGUAACAUGUUUCUUGUCAUGA